UGAAGUUUAAGAUGUUUUAAUUGAUAUCUGAAUGUUUUCAUUAUUUUUUUCAAUUUGUGUUAAAUGUUUUGCUCAAUAUUGAAAGCCUGUAGCCAGAUAAAUGAAUUUAACAAUUAACAUAUUCAGAUAAGUAUUUAGCUUGUAAGAAGAUUAUGUUUUAUGUAUCAAAUGGUUCUAUUGAGUGUUUAUGCAUUUUCAAUUGCCCAAGCUUAGUGAAAAUCAUAAUUUGAUUUGCUCUUUACUGGACUUCUUAUUCAUAGGCAUUAAAUCCAUCCAUGAUUUCUCAAGAUAUUGGUAAAUGGAACCGAUAACUUUCUUUAGGUGAUAGGUGAGAACUAUCAAACCUUUUUAGACAAAAUUGGUAGCACGGCAAUAUUGAAACACAUUAGAAACUAUCAUACUAUCAAAUCAAAGCGAAGAUGAAUAGUCCAGUCAACAACAUAGACAUUAAAAAAUGAGUUUAAUUGCAAUAUAUAGUAGUUUCUAUUUUUUAAUAAAUUGUUUGGAUACAUAAAAGAAUUCCAGGAUCAUUUUUUAAAAAUUCUCUUGUGUUAGAUACAGGUAGCCUAAACAUCUUGUACUUUCUGUUCAUUUUCCAGUUUUCAGCCAUUUCCGCCAAAUACAGUGACCAGACAGAAAAAUUCGCGUUUGAAAUUUCUAUACUUGAGGUGUCCUUAUGCGCGCUUCUCUACUAGGAAAUACCGAAAUAAAGUGCAUCUAACGAGUGAUUCUCAUAGAACAUGAUCUUAUGAACUUAUAUCAUUGUGUGAAAUCUCAAUGUGCGGACAGUUAAGUUGGUGAUGGUGGUAAGGUGUUUUUCAAAAUACCAUGAGCAUUGUUAUCAGGUGUUCCUGGAAAUCUUCAAGAGAUAGAGUGCUCUACCUGGUCUCAGAUUGUAGAGUACAAAAGUUUUGGCAAGACGAAGACUGGGAGAGCAUAAUGCGAGGCCUGGAAAAGACUAAAUUGAAAUAUGUGAUGGCUUCAAGCCUUCUCAUCUAUCCCAAAAAUCCUUGGCUGACUUAUAAUAUAAUUAUGAAACUUUUCCACCUGGCCUUACUGGGUGCAUGUAUGAUUCUGGCAAUUGCAGCUCCUUUACUGAUCAAAAUGUUCGGCUCAGAAGAGAAAAAUAGGAUCAAAGAAAUCAACUACGAUCUACCAGUGCCAUCAUGGUUUCCUUUCAACACAGAAAGCAUAUUAGGUUUCACUGUUGCCUAUACAUUAAUACUUUGCGAAAUUUGCGUAAUAGUAAUGUACGUUGGGGCCGCAGUUCCAUCUUUGGUUUAUUUGGUUUUUGAAGUGAACUUACAGUUCAUGCUUUUGGAGAAAUCAAUUUUGAACUUGGAAUCGAGGGCGAAUGAAAUUUAUAAGGGAAGAAUUGAACAUCAAUCGGAAAAUAAUCCAUUAUUGUAUGAGAGGUGCGUCAAAGAAUGCUUGAGAGAGAACCUACUCCAUCAUAUCGCUAUAUCAAGAUUUUUCAGCCUUCAUGAGGAUAUAACAUCAACAAUUUAUGGUAUCCUUAUCGGAUUGAGCAUGAUUGUUCUGGCAACUAUAUCACUUGUACUUACUAGGACAAAAGUAUUAUCUUUCGAAAUGCUGAAAUUCAUAUUUCUUUUCAUGUUGGAACUUACAAUAGUAUUUGGCUACUGUUUUAUGGGUACCUCUCUUUCUGACGCCAGCAGCAGGAUUUCAAACGCUCUCUACAAUUGCACAUGGUACAAAUUGUCUGAGAAACAGAAGAAAACGUUGAUAAUAUUUCAACUUUGCUCUAAAAAUGAAAUAGUGCUGAAAGGGAGUUGGCUUUUUCAGAUCAAUUUACAGUUGUUUGUGCAGAUCAUGCAAACCACCUAUUCAAUAUUCAAUAUAUUUGCAACAACAGAUCUUAUUGCUACAGAUGGAACAUAAUAAUUGUUGAAUAACAAUUCUGAAGAGCAUGAAAUAUAACUAGCUGGCAGGCUCACUUCGUUCGCCUUAUUUGUCUACCCAGAACCCCCUGCUGAAUCUUCUGGAAUGAAGAAUAGAAGACUCGCUUCGCACGCCUGCAUUCUUCCUCCCUCAAUAUCAUUCAAAUACAGACUUUCAGACUCGAUUCAAUCACCAGUUGACUAAGACAACGCAGUAUAAUGCCGGAAAACGCCGAAAGCUCUAUCUACAAAAAAAUUAGAUCCCAGCUCUAAUGUAGAAUCGUUUUUGUAGAAUCUUUGUACGUUUCUGUACGAAUAUGAACGUUUCCUAUCCAUUAGUCCUUGAAGAAAAUAUUGUUAUCAACCAAGUAGAUAAGGGUUAAAAUAGUCUGUUUAUUUUGAAUAUAUAAUUUCCCAAGUAGGGAAGUUGAAAUCUAAAAGUUAUUGUAUUGGUACUUUGAAACAAAUAAUUUACAGAACUUACAGAACAUUAAUAUUCGUUCUUCCAUGUUCCAAAAUUUACGCAUCCAAGUUCCCCUCUCACUACAACAUUUUUGCACCCCAGUUCAGUACUUAUACGCCUAAUAAAUUCGAACAUUUUCUGUCAAUCAGUUUUUGAAAAAGCUGAGAGAAACGCACGAAAACGUUGGUAAAACGCAGAUUUUGGGUGUAUCUUUGAAAACUUGUUCAAAUCCUUGCUUAUAUAGUGCGUCUCUAGAAGGCCAACUGAA